GAGUGCGAGAGAAGUGGUCCUCACACUCUAUGUAGGAGAGUCCAAUUUUUUAUUUCGAAAGUCCAUUUAUUAACACACAACAACCGGAUCCAAAUUGUUCAAAACACAACCAAAACCAUAUCUUCCCGCCUUGUUGCAAACACCUUUUAAUUUCAUCAUCUUCUUCCCCUUCAAAUUCUAGGGUUUUUAAUCGAAAACCCCAACACUUCCUCUUCAAAACUACUCCACUCCACGUGUUCACUCACCUCACCUAUUCUCCUCCCCUCACAUUUCUAGGGUUCCAACACAACUCACUCACAAUAUGUACAUCAAAGAGGUCUGUUUAGAAGGGUUCAAAUCAUACGCAACACGAACAGUUGUUCCAGGUUUCGAUCCAUUCUUCAACGCUAUAACUGGUCUCAACGGAUCCGGUAAAUCCAACAUUCUCGAUUCGAUUUGCUUCGUGUUAGGUAUCACCAAUUUGCAGCAGGUUCGAGCCUCGAAUCUGCAGGAGUUGGUGUAUAAGCAAGGGCAAGCUGGUAUCACCAAGGCUACGGUUUCCGUUGUGUUUGAUAAUUCUGAUAGGAGUCGAAGCCCUCUUGGUUAUGAAGAUUGUUCUGAGAUUACCGUCACUCGUCAGAUUGUGGUUGGUGGGAGGAACAAGUACUUGAUCAACGGCCACCUUGCACAACCAAGUAGAGUACAAAAUCUCUUCCACUCGGUGCAACUAAACGUCAACAAUCCACAUUUUCUAAUCAUGCAAGGGCGCAUCACCAAAGUGCUAAACAUGAAACCUCCCGAAAUAUUGUCAAUGCUUGAGGAAGCUGCCGGAACAAGAAUGUACGAAACAAAAAAAGACGCUGCGUUAAAAACUCUCGAGAAAAAACAGGGUAAGGUUGACGAGAUCAACAAGCUUCUUGAUCAGGAAAUUCUCCCCGCACUGGAAAAACUGAGAAAAGAACGUAUGCAAUACAUGCAAUGGUCUAACGGGAAUGCGGAGUUGGAUAGAUUGAAACGGUUUUGCAUCGCGUAUGAAUAUGUACAAGCAGAGAAAAUUCGAGAUAAUGCGGUACAUGGUGUUGAUGAGAUAAAGGCAAAGAUAACUGAGAUUGAUAAUGAUGUGGAGAGUAUGAAUACUGAGGUACAAGAGAUGGAAGCACGUGUGACGAAGUUAACCGGUGAAAAAGACGCAACUAUGGGUGGAGAGGUUAAAGGUUUGUCGGAUAAAGUUGAUGCUAUUUCGCGUGAUCUUGUUAAGGAGGUGUCGGUAUUGAAAAACCGAGAGGAUGAUCUCACAACCGAAAGAAAGAAUGCAGAAAAGAUUGAGAAGAAUAUUGAAGAACUGAAGCAGUCCGAGAAAGAUAGUAUUGCUGCUGUAAAACGUGCAGAAGAUGGAGCUGCUGAUCUGAAGAAGAGAGCGGAGGAGCUAGCGAAGAGUUUAGAAGACCUUGAGAAAGAACAACAGGGUGUAGUUGCUGGUAAGAGUAGCGGUAAUGAAGAAAAGUGUCUUGAAGAUCAGCUUGGUGACGCUAAAGUGGCUGUUGGAAAAACCGAAACAGAGGUUGAGCAGUUGAAAACGAAGAUAAAACACAGUGAAAAGGAGUUAAAAGAGAACAAAAUGAAGCUAUCGUCAAAACACAAUGAAGCUGUUGAUGCAGAAAAGAAUCUGAAAAUCCGACAAAAAGAUGUAGAAAACGUUGAAAAGGCUUUGAAAGCUCUCUCAUAUGAGGAAGGACAGAUGGAAAGUCUAGAAAAGGAUCGAAUGGUGGAGUCAGAAGCAGUGCAUAAAUUAAAAGAGGAAAUUCGGAACAUUUCUUCACGUUUGGGAAACACUGAGUUUUGUUUUCGUGAUCCCGUGAAGAACUUUGACCGGUCGAAAGUCAAAGGUGUGGUUGCAAAGCUCAUAAAAGUGAAAGAUGGAUCAACAAUGACUGCCCUAGAGGUUUGUGCGGGUGGAAAGUUGUAUAAUGUUGUGCUAGACACUGAGAACACAGGAAAACAACUUCUUGAAAAAGGUGAUCUUAGAAGAAGAAUGACGUUUAUUCCUUUGAACAAAAUUCAAAGCCACCCUGUCCCACCUAAAGUUCAAAAAGAUGCUGUUAAUUUGGUUGGUAAAGGCAAUGCUGAAGUUGCACUUUCGCUGGUUGAUUACGAGCCUGAACUUCAGAGUGCAAUGGAAUACGUGUUUGGUUCAACUUUUGUCUGCAAGACCAUUGAUGCUGCCAAAAAGGUUGCUUUCAGUCAGCAAGUUAGAACCACGAGUGUGACAUUAGAAGGUGACAUAUAUCAACCAAGUGGACUUCUGACAGGUGGUUCUCGCAAGGGUGGUGGUGAUUUAUUAAGGCAACUACAUGCUUUAGCAGAAGCUGAAUCACAAUUAUCAUUACAUCAAAUGCGGCUAUCAGAAAUUGAAGCAAAGAUCAGCGAGCUCCUUCCACUUCAGAGAAAGUAUAACGAUCUAAAGAAACAGCUGGCACUAAAGUCAAACGAGCUCUCACUAUUCCAGAGUAGGGUUGAGCAAAAUGAGCAUCAUAAGCUUAGUGAAAUAGUAAAAAAGCUUGAGCAGGAGCUUACAGAAGCAAAAUCUGCCCUUAAUGAAAAACAAGCACUUUAUAAAGAACGUGUGACCGAAGUCAAAACUCUUGAAAAAUCAAUUCAUGACCAUGCCAAUAAUCGGGACCGUAUUCUUAAAGAUUUAGAGAAAAAGAUUAAGGCUGUCAAGACAAAAAUGCAGUCAGCUUCAAAAGAUCUGAAGGGCCAUGAAAAUAACAGAGAGAAACUUCUAAUGGAAGUAGAAGCCUUCAAACAAGAACAAACAUCGUUGGAGAAUCAGUUAGUUUCCUUUCAGAAACAGAUUGGUGUGUUGACUUCUGAAGUGGAUGCACUUAAGACCAAGGUUAGCGCACUGAAAGAUGAACACAGUCAAGCACAAUCUGAGCUUAAUGCAGCCCGUACAAAAGUUAAAGAGUGUGAUUCACAAAUCAGUCGCAUCCUCAAAGAUGAACAAAAACUUAAAAACGUUAUGGGUGAGAAAAAUCUUGAAAGGAAAAAGCUGGAAAAUGAGGUGAAACGCAUGGAAACCGAACAAAAAGACUGUUCACUGAAAGUGGAUAAACUGAUUGAAAAACACAGUUGGAUUACUUCAGAAAAACAGCUUUUCGGAAGACAAGGAAGUGACUACGAUUUCACUUCUCGUGAUCCACACAAAGCAAGAGACGAGUUUGAAAAACUUCAAGCUGAACAAGCAGGGCUUGAGAAGAGGGUGAACAAGAAAGUUAUGGCUAUGUUUGAGAAAGCAGAAGACGAGUACAAUGACUUAAUAUCCAAGAAGAGCAUUAUUGAGAAUGACAAGUCUAAGAUUAAGCUGGUGAUCGAAGAGCUUGAUGAAAAGAAAAAGGAGACACUGAAAGUCACUUGGGUGAAAGUAAACAGUGAUUUCGGAUCAAUAUUUUCCACACUGUUACCGGGGACAAUGGCGAAGCUAGAACCCCCAGAGGGAGGUAGUUUUUUGGACGGGCUAGAAGUGCGUGUGGCGUUUGGGGGCGUUUGGAAACAAUCAUUGUCGGAACUCAGUGGAGGACAACGAUCUCUACUCGCACUUUCACUGAUUCUGGCACUGCUUCUCUUCAAACCAGCUCCACUUUAUAUUCUAGAUGAGGUUGAUGCAGCUCUUGAUCUAAGUCACACUCAGAACAUUGGGAGAAUGAUCAAAGCUCACUUUCCACAUUCACAGUUUAUUGUUGUCUCCUUGAAAGAAGGCAUGUUCAAUAACGCCAAUGUUCUUUUCCGUACAAAAUUCGUGGACGGCGUGUCCACUGUUCAAAGAACAGUUGCAUCAAAGCAGAGCAAAUGAUCUCGUUUGCGGUUUGCAGUUUGCAGACUGUAACUUAUUUGCAUACCAGAAAAAAACUUUGAUAAUCUAGCAUUUAUUAUCCUGUAAUGUAAUGUUCAAGUGUUCAACUGUGCUACAAUAACUAGUAUCAUUUUAAAUUAAAAGCCGAACCCGAAUGAAGUUCCAAAAAAAAUCAUAAAUUUGGUUUUCUAA